UUUGUAAUUUGGAAAGAUUUGAGGAUUAGUAAAAGGGAACACGUUGAAUUUGGAAGUUUAUUUUUCAAUAUGUUUUGAAACCAUGAACAUUUUCUCGGAACGCGAUGACUACGUCAUGCGCCACGCGUCAUUUUUACAACCGGAUCCGUCAAAAAAUCUAAAUUCUCGUGUCGUCGUGAUGCCUUUUGACUGAGUGAACCAAAUAGAUUUAGAAAAAAAAGACAAAGUACUACAGCAUGGAGGGGGCUGAUAAGCCAGAAACUAGUACAGCCGUGGAAGAGAACAAGCAACAAGUCGAGAUGACAGAUGCUACUGCUGUAGACAAAGACAAUAUGCAAGGAAUCGUCCAUACAACAAGUCCGCCAGAGGAAAUCAAAAUCAAGGUCCAUGGAAUGACCUGUGAGAAUUGCACCGGGUCCAUCGAAGCCAACUUAGCCAAAGUCAAGGGGGUCGACAAGGUGUUUGUUUCCCUCCCAAAGGAAAUGGCUGCCAUCCACUUCUAUCCUGAGGAAGUCAGCCCGCUGGAGUUGCGGGAAGCCAUCGAUGACAUGGGAUAUGAGGCCGAAUUACAAGGACGGGAUACGUGUUUAGGACGGGAGGAGGAUGUACGUCAUACGAGGAUGGAGGCUGAAGCAACUGAACUAGAAUGUCUUUUGUCAGACAUCGAUGAACUUGUGUCGAGCAAGCAAGACGAAGGAACUUCUGAGGACACAAAAGGAGCUUCUGAUCCUACGUCUAUCGAGAUGGUGAGGUUUUCAAGCAGAAAUGGUACGAAGGAGGAGCAGGCGUCUCUCAGAGUCACAGGCCAGACCAAAUACCAGGCGCUGAGCAGCCGAAGCGUGGAGGAGAAAUGCGUGCUGCGGGUGACGGGAAUGACCUGCGCGUCGUGCGUGGCUACCAUAGAGAAGACGCUGCUCAAACAUCGAGGAAUCAGUGCAGCCCUGGUUGCUCUCAUGGCCCAGAAGGCUGAGGUGACCUAUGACCCAGAUGUCGUGACCCCAGAGGAAAUACGAGAGAUGAUCGAUGACAUGGGCUUUGACGCCGAAGUCCUUGAGGAAAAGAACCAGGGUGGAAUUGAAACACUGAAAUUAACGAUUUCCGGCAUGCACUGUGCAUCAUGUGUGAAGAACAUAGAAUCACUGGUAAUGCGCAUCAAGGGAGUGACGCAUGCAUCGGUGGCGCUCGCAACGUGUCGCGGGGAAUUCAAGUACAAAUCUGACGAUGCAGGACCCAGGGCCAUCAUCAAAGCUAUUGAGGAAGCUGGUUUUGAGUGCAAACUGGCAACAGACGAAUCGCACGCCUCUACCGCCCUCCAGCAGCUGAAGACGGUCAAGAAAUGGCGCGGCUCUUUCCUCGUCUCGCUCAUCUUCGGUCUGCCCGUCAUGGCAACCAUGAUCUUCUUCAUGAUCAAGGAGAACCACAAGUACAACAUCAUCCUGUUGCCAGGGCUCUCCUUGGAGAACCUCAUCUACUUUGUCUUAUCCUCGAUAGUUCAAUUUGUUGGAGGCCGAUACUUCUACGUCCAGGCCUACCGGGCCUUGCGUCACAAGACCGCCAACAUGGAUGUCCUGAUCGUCAUGGCAACCCUGAUUGCCUACUUGUACUCGGUGGUGGUGGUGGCUUGGGCCAUGAUCAAGAAGGAUGAGGGCAGCCCGGUCACGUUCUUUGAGACUCCGCCCAUGUUGCUGAUGUUCAUCAACUUGGGCAGAUGGUUGGAGAGUAUUGCCAAAAUGAAGACAUCAGAUGCCCUCUCCAAACUGAUGUCCCUCCAGCCGUCGGAAGCCAACCUGGUCACUGUGGGUGAGGACAUGGAAGUGACCAGCGAGCGCUCCAUCAGCGUGGAGCUCGUGGAGAGAGGAGACAUUCUGAAGGUGGUGCCCGGGGGGAAGAUUCCGGUGGAUGGGAAAGUAAUCGACGGCUUGUCAGCCGCAGACGAAUCGCUGAUCACGGGGGAGUCCAUGCCUGUGUACAAGAAACCAGGUAGCAUUAUGAUUGGUGGGUCCAUCAAUCAAACUGGCACCAUCCUCAUGGAAGCGACGCACGUCGGCGCCGACACGACCCUGGCACAGAUUGUCAAGCUGGUUGAAGAUGCGCAAACCUCUAAGGCUCCAAUCCAGCAGAUAGCUGACAAGAUAGCUGGUGUGUUUGUCCCCGGUAUCCUUGUACUGUCAACUCUGACGCUGGCCAUCUGGAUUGCUAUUGGAAUGACGCACCCAGAGCUGAUCCCCACAUACGUGUCCACACCAUUUGCUGCUAAUCAUACCAUGGAGCUGACCAUUGAGUUCUCCUUUCAAGUGGCCAUCUCUGUCCUGGCCAUAGCCUGCCCCUGUGCCCUGGGCCUUGCCACCCCCACGGCCGUAAUGGUUGGCACCGGGAUGGGGGCCCGCAGCGGCAUCUUGAUCAAGGGAGGGGAGCCCCUUGAACUCGCUCGCAGGCUGAAGACCAUAAUUUUCGAUAAGACGGGCACGAUAACCUACGGCGUCCCUCGUGUCAUGCGUACCAAGGUCCUCGUACCUACCACGGAGAUUAGCGAGGAGGAGUUCUUAGCGAUAGUGGGUACAGCCGAGGCGAGCAGUGAGCAUCCACUGGGGGCUGCUGUGACCAGACAUGCCAAGGAGAUGCUGGAGUCAGAGGUGGUGGGCAAGUGCUCCAAUUUCAGUGCUGAGCCUGGCUACGGCCUCCAGUGCACGGUCACUAAGAUCAACGCCAUGCUGAAUGCAGGCAUGAAUGAACAGAAUGCGAAAAUCAGCUCUGACGUAAUCAUCGCACCAACUGAAGUCACUGACCCUGAGGAGAUAACUAAAGAAGAGGAUUCCAGCAUCUAUGAGGUACUCAUCGGCAACAGGGAAUGGAUGAAGAAGAACAACCUGGAAGUUACUGAUGAGGCAGAUCACACCAUGGCGCAGUAUGAAGCACUGGGACAAACAGCCGUCCUUGUUGCCAUCAAUGGUGUUGUAGCGGGGAUGAUCACCAUUGCCGACGCAGUCAAGGAAGAGGCCAAGCUUGCAGUGAAAGUCCUGAAGGACAUGGGGCUGGACGUUGUGCUGCUGACAGGCGAUAACAAGAAGACUGCGGAUGCUAUUGCCAAACAGGUUGGCAUCACCAAGGUCUUUGCCCAAGUCCUGCCCAGGAACAAAGUGGAGAAGGUGGAAGAGCUCCAGCAGCUUGGGCACAAGGUUGCAAUGGUGGGGGACGGGGUGAACGACUCGCCGGCCCUGGUCAAGGCUGAUGUGGGUAUCGCCAUAGGAACGGGCACGGACGUUGCUAUGGAGGCUGGGGAUAUUGUGCUUAUCAAGAAUAAUCUGUUGGAUGUGGCAACUGCCAUUGACUUGUCCAAGCGCACCGUUCGCCGAAUCCACAUCAAUUUCUUCUUUGCCAUUAUCUACAAUGCUCUGGGCAUCCCCAUCGCUGCUGGUGUACUGUCGCCCGUUGGCAUAUUCCUGAGACCCUGGAUGGCCUCUGCUGCCAUGGCGAUGUCCUCCGUCUCCGUGGUGCUGUCGUCUCUCUUCCUGAAGUUUUACAAGAAGCCAACAUACACUGCAAAGAAAGUGGAAGAAAGAGACAAUAUGCUUGAGAGCGUCUAAAGCCGUGGAACUGAAUUGACAAGGUACCCAUUUACUCCUGGGUGGAGAGAAGCAGUUAGUGACAAAGUGCCUUGCCCAAGGGCACACGCACCACAGCCAAGCUGGACUCGAACCCACAACCUGCAGAAUUGCCCGCAGACCAUGAACUCAAUGCCCCAGACCACGAGGCCAUGGCACUCCACAAAAAGUUUGGGUUUGUCUCAGUUUCACAAUCUGCCAUUUUCUAGUUGUAUUUAAACCUAAAAGAUCUGCAUGCUGUAUAAAGAGUAAACAAAUAUAUAAAGUGGCCAUUUUGAAUCGUAUGUUGUUAUUCAUGUAUACUCUUGAGAAACAGUCAUAUUAAUUUCAAAGGAACUCAACUUGCAUUUGAUGUAUCGUCACUAUAGGAAUUAUCUCUUUUAACUUUAAGUCAUGUGGCUGUCAUGCACAAAACAUUUCAUAUUUUGUUCUAUUUUUGUAUUUUCUUUAUAUUUAGUUUGUAUAGAGUUGCUGAAACGUCACUAAAAAGACCUUCAAAUGUGAUACACUGAAUGAAAUAUUUUGUGUAAUUCAAUCGAUUAUUGUGAUUUCAUUUAUCUAAUAGUGUAUAAAAUAUAUCAAACCUUCAUUAAAUGUAUGAAAUAAAUGUUGAAUGUGUAUAAAAUAUAUACAACCUGCAUUAAAUGUAUUAAAUAAAUAUUGAAUUUAUAUAGAAACGAAUUUUAGAGACAAUCAAUAUGCCCCUCUAUCCAGCUAUUUAUGCUUUUUCACAUUCAGUUUUGAAAUGAUUAUUUCCAUUAGUUAUGUAUAGGCCUAAAUAUAAUAUAUCGCAAGAUGCAAUGUUCUCAGUAAAAACAAACAAAAGAAGAUACAAGUGUAACUUCCAAAUGAGAGCAUUGAAGGACUGUGACCAAACAAGUUCACAUUGUGCAGUUCACUAUUUGUGUACCUAGUGCAGUGCCCAUUCAAAACAUGACUGUUUGGAACAGGCAAAUUGCUUGGCCUUCGGUAGACCCGCAAACGUGGCAGUAUCAAGAGUGCAGUGCCCGUAUAACAGCGCGCCAUAUCUACGCCUCACCGUUGCGUGAUCGUGCCCUUCAUAAAGUGGUCGAGGCCCACCUCAUCGUAAUGUGAUCAUCCCCUUCAAAAAUGGUCAAAGCCCACCUCACCGUUGCGUGAUCGUCCCCUUCAAAAAAUGGUUGAGGCCUACCUCACCAUUGCGCGAUCAUCCCCUUCAAAAAAUGGGCGAGGCCCACCUCACCAUUGCGCGAUCGUCCCCUUCAAAAAUGGUUGAGGCCCACCUCACCGUUCUGCGAUCGUCCCCUGCAAAAAAUGGGCGAGGCCCACCUCACCGUUGCGCGAUCGUCCCCUUCAAAAAAUGGUUGAGGCCCACCUCACCGUUCUGCGAUCUUCCCCUGCAAAAAAUGGGCGACGCCCACCUCACCGUUGCGCGAUCGUCCCCUUCAAAAAAUGGUUGAGGCCCACCUCACCGUUCUGCGAUCGUCCCCUGCAAAAAAUGGGCGAGGCCCACCUCACCAUUGCGCGAUCGUCCCCUUCAAAAAAUGGUUGAGGCCCACCUCACCGUUCUGCGAUCGUCCCCUGCAAAAAAUGGGCGAGGCCAACCUCACCAUUGCGAGAUCGUGCCCUUCAAAAAAUAGUCGAGCCCAUACAGCCAACCACCAUUUGCACGUAUGUUAACCUGUUCCCUUGGUGCGGUAUAGAGUGCAUGUGUUCUUUCAAAAUGUGCAGCAGUGCGUGGCGCAGUGUAUAUAUGCACGAUCUGAUACACCGUGGCCUCUGGAGACAUGUGUACAAUAGGGAACAAAAGAUUGUAUACGUCCCCACAGGGCAAUUUCUAUAGGUGAAUACGUCUCUGGCUGAAUUAAAUAUGUGAUAGCUUGUAUAUUGCUAUAAAGUAUUGCAAAAUUUGUCACGGCAUUUGCAUGAUGUAAAAUAUGCAGUGUUUAAUUACCAUGAAAAUGUACAUUAAACAUAAAACAGAAUUUCAACUUUUAAACUAUUGCUGCUAAAUCAUAUUUCAUUACAACUGUACCGAGACAGUGACACGCAUGUAAACUGUAUUCCUUCUAUUUUAUGUAUGUAUAAUAAUGAGUCCGUGCCAACUUUAAUCUUAGCGGCAGGAAAUG